GGAAGUUUAUGAAAAUAAUCGUCACUGGCUCUACAACAUGUCAGUGUUGGCGUACAUUCAGGAAGUCCAUUGAUGAUGUUGCCAAGAAAAUAGGCAGAAGGGAAAAGUUCUCCAACAGUACUGUCUGAAGGAUAGCUGCCUGUCACACCUCGACCAGGAUGUCACUAAAAAUACUGCUGGGCUUCCUGUGUGGCAUCAGAGCUUUUGCCACAGGAGACAACAGACCUCAGCAACGUCCUCCUCCACUGCUGCUAGUGUCAUUCGACGGUUUUCGGGCGGACUACCUGAAGACGUACCCCAUGCCUAACCUGAAGAGUCUGUACAGCCAGGGGGUCCUGGUGGAGGAGCUCGCCAAUGUCUUCGUCACCAAGACGUUUCCCAACCACUACAGCCUGGUGACGGGGUUAUACGCUGAGUCUCACGGCAUCCUGGCCAGUAACAUGUACGAUCCCGCCAGCAACAAGACCUUCGCCACCCACAGCAACGACCCGAUGUGGUGGAGCCAGGCGGAGCCGCUCUGGCUCACAGCGCUGGACUCUGGCUACAAGACGGUGGCCAUGAUGUGGCCCGGCUCCAACAUUGUCAUCAGAAACCGCACAGCGACACACUUCAUGCCCUACAACGCUACCGUGACAUUCCGGCAGCGAUUGGGGAAUGUGACAAAGUGGAUGCAGGCAGACGGAAAGGAGCAAGGAGCCAUGUUCGCAGUUCUCUACUGGGAGGAGCCAGACCAGUCAGGUCACAGGUUUGGCCCAGACAACACCACUGAAAUGAGCAAAGUGCUGAAAGAGGUGGACGACAACAUUGGCCUGAUGGUUUCAGAGCUGAAGAAGGCCGGCCUCUGGGGUCACAUCAACGUCAUAGUAACCAGUGACCACGGCAUGGCCCAGUGCUCUCCUGACCGCAUGAUACGGCUGGACGACUGUGUCCGUCCGGACAGCUACAUGGGCAUCGAGCUCACACCUGUGGCCACCAUCAUGCCACAUUCAGACCCAAAGGCCGUCUUCAAAAAUCUGAGCAGCUGCCAUCCUAAUAUGACCGCAUACAUGAAAAAGGACAUCCCCGAAAGGCUGCAUUACAAGAACAACGAGCGCAUCCCGCUAAUCAUACUGAUUGCGGAUGAGGGCUGGACUAUAGUGCAGCGAGGGAACAAGCUGGAAAGAUUGGGCAAUCAUGGCUACGACAACGCCCUGCACAGCAUGCACCCCUUCCUGGCAGCGACGGGGCCCAGCUUCCGCCAGAACUAUCGAAUGGAGUCUUUACAGAGCGUGGACAUUUACCCGCUCAUAUGCCACCUGCUGUCGGUGCCCCCGCGGCCCAACAACGGCACCCUGGCCCAUGCUCAGUUACUGCUGGCUGCUGAGAUCCCGUCUAAGCUUCCUGUGAUGGUUGGCCUGGUGGUGGGCGUCCUGCUGCUACUCACUACAGUCACUGUUCUGUUCUGGUCGGUUAGAAGACGCCACUCAUUGGGGCCCCGGCCCUUCCAGAGGCUGCAGAUUGAUGAUGACGACGACAACCCUCUGCUGGAGUAAACCAAUCAGAACUGGUCACCACACAUACACCUGUGUCACCUGUUCGUCCUGCAGUCGGUACAUGACAGGUUGCAGGUAACCCCGCUCCCUUACCUUUCCCUCUGGCAUUUGUGUGCAUACAUACAUGUAUGUGCAGUGAAAAAAAACAACAAAAAACCCUGUUUAUUUAAAAGCCUGCAGACAGACAGAAGCCUGCUGUGGAGUUGUACACUGCUGUAGAAACAGCUGCGGGAGAAAGUAAAUGCUAUUGUUGUUACUGAUUCUCUGUGAAGUUACUGUGAUGAUAGACUUGAAAAUGCAACAAGAAGCCACUGGUGUUUUGUUACGGAAUGUAACUUAUUUUGAGGAAAUAUUCGACACUUUAUGGAAGCAGGUUGAUAACUUUGAGAUUAAUAAUUUGUCUUGUGGGAGUUUAAAUGAAGAUACAUAUAUAUAUUUUUUUUUUUUCUGUGGGAACUGUCUUUUACAGAGAACUUUAUUUUGUAUCUGUGUUUUCCUUUAUUUUGUACUUGUAGUGUUACUUUAUGUCAGCAGAGGGAGCCAUUGGCUCAUUUAAGAUUCAUUAUCUGUCACACUGAGGCCAUGUUUUAAAUGAAGAGGAAAACUUGAAAGAAUAUUCCCUGUUACUUUUGUUACUGUUUUGGUUGAUCCAUUACACUGAUAUCUGAGUCUGUGUGAGCUCCUAUGUUUUCUUUUCAUCCAGAUUUACACUGAAGGACUGAAAUUUGAAAUCUGCAUUGAAACUACUAACUUCUAAUGUAAUAGGUAAUGAUAGUAAGUAAGUGUAGGUGUGUCAGGUAUCCAUUCUAUAUUUAUAUUAUGUAUAUGAAUUGUACCAAAGACUGUUUUUAAGAAGCACAACUGAUGCUCCAACGAGAUAUUCACCCUCUGAAUGAUACACUGGAUUGGCUGGAUUUAAAAGUAUAGAAUGUCAAAGUGACAUAAUGAGUUAAAUGGGCGCUAUGUAGAUUUGGAGAAGUAAUUCAGACUCUGAAUUUUAAUGUUUACAAUAUAAAUGAGGUCAAAAAUAAUACUCAGAAUUAUCAGUUGUUUCCAUAACUGAAUAAACAAGCUGUUCUGUGUUUGAAGCUAGAAAGGUGGCAGGGUCCGCCACAUAUAACCGAGAGAGUUUGUUUAUUUAGUUUGUUUAGGCAUAAAGAGAAAUGAAGACCUUUCUCCUCUGAUUUAAAUUUCUUCCCCAAAACUACAUAGUGCUCCUUUUAAAGCUCUGACAAUUCAUUUUUAUAGACAUAAUUAUCUGAUGGUGCCUGUUUUUGUACGAUCAACAAAUCCUAUGAAAAGACCAAAGCCAACAAUCAGUGCAUCCUAUGAACAGGCAUUGUGUGCAUAUCCAACCUCUGAUAAACCCUGUGUGCCAUAGAGCUCCAUUGUUUCACAGCCAUUUAAUACACAUCAUUGAGUAAAAGAUGCCUUGAUUAUAAUGAAUGUGGGCAAUGUAGUUUAUUUCGACUCCGUCCACUUAACAACGUCCCCCCGCUGUAAAUACUCAGCAGCAGGAAAUGAGUAUUCAUCCGCAGCUGUAAGUAGUCCCAUACAAAUGCAGUAUUUUUACUAUUUGAGUCACGUUUGCUAAAGAGCUACAGUGUUGUGCUGUUUCAGGAAAUUAUUUAAUGUUUUCACAAAGAUGCAGUAAUAUAUUUCUGAAUCGUUUUUUUUUUUUUAAGAGUUACGUCUACAGUAGUAUUCACAGACCCACUAACACAUUGUUGAUUUUGGUCUUUUUGUGGGAUUUUUGUGGAUACCAUCUGAAGAAGUCAUUUGAAUACUCUUUUUUAAAAAAUACAGGCGUGUGAUUGGAUGUUUCAUUUGUCUAUAACUUCAACCAGUCAGAUCGACGUUAGGAGAGCGCUGCCGGCAGAGGUAGCAGCCACAGAGCCGGUUGGGAUGAGUGCUGAAACAGCUUUUCCACCAUAAUCUAACUUCUUUGGGUGCCGCCAUAGUCGUCUGCGGACAAGCCUCUCUUAGCUGUUGUCACAUUUAAAAUCACUCCCAGCAGUUCCUUAUAGGACACCCAUAGGUCCGAACCACUGUGGUUAAGCCACGGGCAUAUAACUUGAAGCCUGGCCAGAUGGAUUCUCGCAAACCCAACUGCCUGGCAAGGGAAGGGAUUUCUUGAUAAUCAAAAUAAAAAAUACCUGUCAGCUUCAUGUGUCAGCGCAGUGCUGCUAGCAUGCCACUCCAUGCUUGUAUCUAUUGAUAUGUAUAUAUUGCUCAUGCAUUUAUUUAUGUGUGUGUGUUAUGCUUCCUGCUACAAGUCCCUAUUUAUGUGUUUAAGCAGCAUCUUUGCAUUCUGUUUGUGUUUGAUCCUUCAUAUUCCUGUUGUACAGUAAGGUUCCAGUUUUGAUGCGUUUGAAACAAUCCUUAUGGUACUAUGCAAAUCUUGCCUGGCCUGUUAAACUAAAAUAAAGCUGAUUUGAAAACCUGA